UUAUUUCUCUCUCUCUCUCUCUCUCUCUCUCUCUCUCUACAUCACACCCUCGCAUCUCUUCGAUCUCACUUUCAAAUUAGGGUUUACGCCUUCUUCCCUUCCCAUUCACGGAUCCCUCUUCUUCUGCGCUUUCUCUCUCCCCUCAAUGUUCUGGAAGCUCGCUACUAUCUCUGCCUCCUCUCCUGUGGAGGCAAUACUAGACAAGGAGAAUUUUACUUUGGAAGAGCUUCUGGAUGAAGAAGAAAUAAUCCAAGAAUGCAAGGCCUUAAACAGUCGUCUCAUAAACUUUCUGAGAGAUAGAGCUCAGGUUGAGCAGUUGCUUCGCUACAUUACUGAAGAACCACCAGAGGAUGCUGAAAACAAACGGGUUUUCAAGUUUCCAUUCAUUGCCUGUGAGAUCUUUACAUGUGAAAUUGAUGUCAUUUUGAAGACCUUGGUGGAUGAAGAAGAGCUCAUGGACUUAUUAUUCUCCUUUUUGGAACCUGAUCGUCCUCAUAGUACUUUACUGGCUGGGUACUUUAGUAAGGUUGUUGUUUGCCUAAUGACUAGGAAGACAGUGCCUCUUAUGAAUUAUGUUCAAGCUCAUCAGCAUGUUUUUCGCCAACUGGUUGAUUUGAUAGGAAUUACAUCCAUUAUGGAGGUUUUGAUUCGAUUAGUAGGUUCUGAUGACCAUGCAUAUCCCAAUUUCAUAAAUGUGGUGCAAUGGUUGGCUGAAAGCAACCUGCUGGAGAUGAUUGUUGAUAAAUUAAGUCCAUCUAGUCCUCCUGAAGUUCAUGCCAAUGUAGCUGAAACAUUAUGUACAAUAACUAGAAUUGCAUCUUCUACUUUAGCGGUCAAACUUUCAAGUCCAAGUUUUAUCACAAAAAUUUUGGAUUAUGCAUUGGAAGAUUCACAAUCGAAGUCCAGCCUUAUCUACUCACUCUCAGUGUGUAUUUCUUUGUUGGAUCCCAAAAGAUCAGUUGUGUCAUUUCCACUAUUUCAUUCGUUCAGAAGUCAAAACAUGUAUGAGCCACCAAUUCCUAUAAACCCGGAUACUAUUGGCGCUAUGCUCCCUAAACUUGGUGACUUGCUUGUGAUUUUGAAUGUGUCAUCUGAUCAGAAGGUAUUGCCUACAACAUAUGGUGAAUUGAGACCUCCACUUGGGAAGCAUCGAUUAAAGAUUGUGGAGUUUAUUGCUGUACUUCUGAAAACUGGAAAUGAUGUGGCAGAAAAAGAGCUGGUCAAAUCAGGAACCAUUCAACGAGUUAUUAAUCUUUUCUUUGAGUACCCAUACAAUAAUGCAUUACACCAUCAAGUAGAAAGUAUCAUAUUAUCAUGUUUGGAGAGCAAAACUGAUGCUAUUACUGAUCAUCUUCUUCGAGAGUGUGAUUUAAUUGGAAGGUUUCUACAAGCAGACAAACAACGUAUUCUGUCUGCUGAAAGCAAUCUGCCAACAGUACCUGCCGCAGGAAAACGUGCACCACGGGUAGGAAAUAUUGGACAUAUUACUAGAAUUGUCAAUAAGCUUGUUCACUUGGCACAUAACCGAGGCCAACUACUGACAUUUCUUCAGCAAAACAGUGAGUGGAAUGAGUGGCAAACUACAGCUCUUCAGGAGCGUAACAUGGUUGAGAAUGUUCACCGUUGGGCUUGUGGACGACCAACUGCAUUGCAAGAUAAGAUGAGGGAUAGUGAUGAUGAUGACCUUCAUGACAGAGACUAUGAUGUUGCAGCUCUAGCAAAUAAUUUGAGCGAGACUUUAAGAUACAAAAUAUAUGGAAAUGAUGAUAAUGAAGAGGAACGUGGAAAUCUUGAUCGGGAUGAUGAGGAUGUUUACUUUGAUGAUGAUUCUGCUGAAGUAGUCAUAUCAUCCCUUAGACUAGGUGAUGAUCAAGGGAGUAAUCUGUUUACAAACUCAAACUGGUUUGCUUUCCAAGAUGAUCAAAUUGGCAAUGCACCUGGGGCCACAUCAUCCUCAGAGAUGAUGGAUAAGGUAAAACUGAAUGAAGCUGCUAAUGGUGGUAGCAACAGUAGUGACGAUGAGGUAGUUGUUGGAGUAGAUGAAUUGACAGACAGCAAAAAUACUAGUAUUGCAGCCAACUCAAGGACAAACUUCUUUAGUGGUUUAGCUGGUAGCAAUGCCAUGAAUGGGGAUGUUUUAGACUUCGAAAGUGUGAAAGCAAGCGGUUCAAACGAUAUGGAAUUCUUCAGGUUUGAUGCACCUGAGAAUGAAGACUUAUUUGGGGACAGGCCUUUACCUGAUUGGGUGGGAUGGGGAGAACCUGCCUCAAGCACAAACCCCUUUGUGGAUCAUGACGAGUCGGAUGGUUCUACCAAGCCUCAAGUAGGCAGCCCUAAUGCAAGUUCUCCUACAAAAGGCGAAUCAAGCCCAUCAAAUGGAUCACCAUCAAGUAGAGAUUCUGGGGAGGGGGGUAGUCCAAAACCAGUCGCGGUACCCUCUCUAUUUGAAGAGGAUGUUGAAUUUGUAGGUGUAGAAUUAGAAGGUACUGAAAAGGCAAUGGAACAGGCUCUUAAAGAAGGGAUAGUUGGGGAAGCAGGACCUUUGAAAAGGAACAUAGUCCCAAAAGUGCCAGAGAAGGAAAGUUCUGAAGAAGGCAAUCCUGGUAUGAAGGAAUUCAAUGAUGCAAAUUACUGGAGGGUUGACCAAGAAGUUGCUGUUCUGGAGUGAUGCACAUUGCAGUGAUUGAUUUUUGUGUAUCUUGCUUUCCAUUGUUUGUAUGAAAAAGAAUUGGACCAACAGAAUCGGAUGCAGCCCCAUUCUCAGUUCUCAAAGGCCCAAGUCACAAAUUGAUGUACAGUAUAUUUUUGUUUCACUUUUUGUCUAUGUUGUUUUUCCUUAUCGGACAUUUUAAGCUUGUUUAUUAUUUACAGUUUUGCUUCUAAGGGAAUUCGUGCAUUAAUUGAAUAUUUAUUCUUGCCAUAAA